GAUCGGCAACGCACAAACUAGGAGGUGUUGCAUGUCAAGACAUCAAGAGGGUUAAUGAAGCCAAGUUCAGGUUCCUGGUGAAGUUACAUUUUCAUGUUCAAAUUAAUGCUCAAGUUCUGGGUCGUUGCUUGCGGUAGAGGAGUGAGAGCUGGGGAUGCAGGCCAGCUGCGGGCAGGCAGCCACACCUGCACAACCUUCUUAAGUACAUAUCUUGAAGUAACUAGCACGCUUGCGGCAUUCUUUUGUCUCUGCAAUUCAAACCAACCCCUUCCUUACCUGGGAGGAGGGCCAUCGGUAGAAUACUGAAGGCUUGAGGCCUGCAAUGGAUUUCUAAUCGGUCGUUGAGGUCGAAGGUGCAAGAACGUAACAGCGGCCACAAAUGACCCCGAC